AUGUCUAACGAAUAUAGUCAGAAUCCAGGCAAGGCGGGUAUUAGCUGGCCAACCCAAGAGAAAACAUCAGACCCGGUCGCAAAGUUCUUCCAACCAAGCUCGAAACUGACUUGGCAUUGGAACUGGAGCAAACACUGGACAAGUCCAAUUGUACCUGAAACUUCGAAUGACUUGCAAAUCAAUGCAGAGUUUCUACCUAUGGUCUGGUCGCCUGAUUUGAUUAAUGACGGUUAUCGCCUUCAACCAGGAUGGAAGCUCCUCAUGGGAUUCAACGAGCCUGAUCACCAAGAUGAAAACGUAGGAAGUAACAGAUCACCACAACAAGCUGUUCAAGCAUGGAUUCAAAUGUCAAGAUGGCGCACUGAGCCUGACCAAAAGCUCGUUUCUCCUGGAGUAGCAGGGAACGUUAAUUGGUUGAAGGAGUUCUUUUCACUCAUCCCACCGGAAACGAAACCAUCUUAUAUCAAUGUACAUGUCUAUACAACGACUUUCGAAUCUUUCGUCUCGAUCAUCGAUAGUUACUGGAAAGAAUUUGGACUGCCUAUCAUAGUUACUGAAUUUGCAAUGCAUAGUUUCGAGACAGGUGUUCUUGGGCCGCAGAAUCAACAGCAAGUUCAUGAUUUCAUGGGUCAAACGACUAAAUGGUUGGACGAAACUCCUUACAUCCAUAAAUAUUCAUGGUUUGGUUCGUGUAGAGAUUCGUAUCAUUUACAUGGAGUAAAUGAAUUGAAUAGACUCAUGGAUUCCAAGGGAGAUAUCACACCUUUGGGUUGGCAGUACAUCAACGGCGGGCAUGAUUGA